AUGCUAACGCUCGGUCAUCAUCCACAUCACCGCUACAUGUUUCCAAAGUUGUUUCUGAUGUCAUUCCAACGGCUAUUCCUGCAUGGAGCAAUCCAAGUCGUACAAUCUGCGUUCGCGAGACCCGGUUUCGGAAUUGAAUCGGAGUGGGGAAGUGCCCAGGCCUUUAAGAUCGGGGAUGACGAUCUGGGCAUGGGAUAUGAAAUCUGCAACGGCGACGAUGGGGCCCUUCAAAGCUCGGAAGAUGAAUGGGAAGAUUCCGACAGAGAACAAUCGGACACGGCCGCCGCGAUGUUGGAGGGUGAACUUCUGGACGAGCCAUCGGCUGCCCGAAUGCAGCAGGACGAUGAAACUUUGAAUACAGGAUUCGUUUAUCUAGCCCCCAUUCGAUCCUUCAAGAGGCAUAGCGAAGAAAUAGAUGACAAUGACGAAGAGUCCGAGACUUUAAUCGUACGAAAACGUCACCGCUCUGCCCCUGAAGUCGGCGGAACUGCUACGUUGGGGCCGGAACCUGCCUAUCAAGCCGCUUCGGUCAAGGGGCGCGGCAAAUAUGUUCCGCUAUCGGCUUGGUCCAAGGAAGAGAAAAGCGCAGCCACGUUAUUGGUGGAAGAUCACCCUAACAUAAGCAUCAAUGAGCUCUACGAAUGGUCGCGGCGCCGCGGACACCUGAUCAAGCGCAGCAGCAUCAAAGCUUUUAUCGGUCGAGUAAAAGCAGGCCAAGAAGCCACCAGGAAAAGGGGCUCAGGCCGUCCGCUUAGCUUGUUGGAUCUGCAUAAAGAAGACUUAGAGACCGCCGUCGAAAUGAACCCAAGAAUUUCUAGCCGUCAGCUUGCGGCUGUCCUCGGCAUUCCACGGACCUCCGCGCAGUUAAUGUGCAAGCAACUUGGCUACCAUCGGUAUAAAAUGGUCGAGGAAGAACUCCUUGAUCUUCCUCACGGCAAGCCCACUGGCCCGGGAUUUACAAUCUGGGGUGGUGUUGCGGGCAACGGCAAGAAAUUGCCCUUGCUACUACUGGAGCAGGGCCAAACAGUCGGUGGUCGAGAAUAUCGGUACUUCUUGGAGAACCACAUCAUUCCGACUGCCGAGCGGCUGAUUGGCCACGAUUUUAUCUAUCAGCACGACUGGGCCCCUGGGCACAAUGAUUCGAAGACACAUCAAAUGCUUAUUGCGAAGGAAAUCCGAUAUUUAGAUCGGAGCGAG